UAUGCUGCAGUAAUGGCAUCGACUCGCUGCAAUCGCCUGCGUGCUGCAGCGACGGCCCCGACGUGAAUUCUUGUUUUACGACUCUCUACGUCAAAUUAUUAUACCCAACGAAGUAGCGUCUAUUAUAGUGCAUAAAGACGUGGCAAAACAGCCAUGUGAUGACGAAUCUUUGAUUAAAAAAAACGGAAAGUUGUCUAAACAAGACAUUGACGAUUUAAUAUCCAUUGACAAUCAGUCACAGAUUAAAAUGUGUUUGAUUGUACUCGGAAAGGAUCCAUUGGAAACGGAAAUCGCUGAGCUGUUGUGGAGAGAUUUAGUGAAAGUUUAUACAACAGCAGAUGAUAUUCCUGAGGACGAGCUACAGUUAUUAGGGUGGAUAUCGAAAGGAAUACCUGCUCCAGAUUUUAUGAAUUUAUCUUUGACGGAUAUCGAAACGAUAGCAUCAUUCGGAAAAUGGAGAAAUUAUUCUAAAGAACAGGUUAUGUCUUUAAAACAAGCGAUCGAAGACCAAUGGAGUUACAAAGGCCCUUCGGAUUUUAGCAGUUAUGAUCUAGCCGCUUUGGGUCAAGUUUUGUGCGCAUUCAAUAAAUCACAUAUAGCUGCGAUCAAACCAUUCGCAUACAAGGUGGCGGCUGCUGAUAUAUCAAAUCUCGUUAAUUGUCCGCAAGAGAUCAUACGAGAAUUUGCCUUACUCGCCACUAGUAGAGACGCGUUCGGCGACCCGUCGGGAUGGACUGCUAUACAGAUAGCCUUGAUCGGAUGUGUAAUUGCCGGUUUGGAUUCUGUGCGUGAUAUUCAGCCCGACGCAUUUGAAGGAUUGGCAGCGUCGAGCAUGCAAUGUUUACCGAACAACGUACUACAAGCCAUGUCAAUAGAACAGCUGUCGCAUUUAUCGUUGUCUGCCGUCAACGCUCUUACUCAUGCACAGCUUUCGUCAUUAGAUCGCGAACAGAUCAGAGCCAUCGAAGAAACGGCUAAGACAUUGGGUUCGGUACUUAACGACGGAUGCUGUUUCACUAGUCGUAUUGCAGCUUGGUCGACGGUUACAUUAAUCGCGUAUUUACAGUUAUCAACAUUAAUAUUAUAAUGUCAUCAAAAUAUAAUAAUAUCGUAUUGUAGAUUAUAAUAAUAUAUUUAUUACGUAUUUUAUUUACGUUUAGUUUAUAUUACGAUUUUUAUUUAUAAUAGAUAGGUAGUAUUAUAUAUUAUUAUAUAAUUACUUACGACUUAUAUUUUUAAGUUUUCGUUUGUUAAAACAUUACAUAGUUUCGUGCUUAUUGAAAAAAUAAUACAAUAAUUUAAAUCGCUAUUGUUAAAACACAUCGAAUGAGGAAUCGUCUUUGAGACGAAGUUAAACAAAAAAAUACAAUUAACACGGCAUACAAUAAUGCAUAGGUAUGUAAAAAGAAAAGAUAGACAAAUUAUUAUAAUAUAAAUACAU